AUGUUUUUCUUCAAUCGCCGUCGCGCCGGCGGGGCCCGCCAUAGCACAACUCAUCAUUCAGCUGGAAAUGCUGCUCCUCCCAUGUCUGAGUGGUCGACGGCAGCAGUGCCAAACAGCGCGUUUGCCAGCAUGAACUUGCUGCUCGGCGCCGGGAUGGUGAUCUUCCAGGAGGAAACAAACAAAAUCGUCCUCUGCCACGAGAAGGAGAAGAAGUACUGGUUCUUGCCACGCGGGAGAAAAGAUGUCGGCGAAUCGCUCGAGCAAGCCGCACUGAGAGAAGCAUAUGAAGAGUCAGGUUUCCGUGUCAAGUCUUUGCCGCUCUACACAGGAACGCACGCGCCGAGUCCGCCGUCCGAUCCAGAAAGUCGCAACCGUCCGAACUGCGAGCCCCUUAUGAUCACCACGCACGCAUACGCUAGGCGUAAAUCAUUCCACAACAACACACUGAGUCCGCCGGGGGAGUAUCUUUCGUUCUGGUACGCAGGCUGGAUUCCCAUUGACGCGGUCCGAGAAGAGGGAACCGGAAUGCCAGACGAGGUCAACUACGAGUCGUAUCUACUGACCGUUGAACAAGUUCUUGAAAAACUUGGACCAGGCUCGGACCAUGAAGCGAACGUGGUUCGUUAUGCGUGGGCAGUGUAUCAACAUACGAUGCAGAUAUACGCAGAACAGGAGCAGCAGCAGGCGUUGGCUCGGGGUGUAGAAGAGGUAACUGAGUCGUCAAAUCGUCUGAAGCUAUAA